GAAAUCUUGUCUCUAUUUGCUUGCUUCUAUUUCAGUGUGUAACGUUUAUCUUGUUUUCUCUGUUAAGCUCUUUUCACUCAUGGAGAUGAAACCACCUAUUUCCCGAGCAAAGAUGAUUCUCAUUACUAAAGCUGCCAUUAAAGCUAUUAAGCUCUACAAGCAUGUAGUUCAGAUUGUAGAGAAAUUUAUCAAAAAGUGCAAACCAGAAUACAAAGUUCCUGGAUUGUAUGUUAUUGACUCUAUUGUUCGUCAGUCUCGUCACCAGUUUGGAACAGAUAAGGAUGUUUUUGGGCCAAGAUUCUCUAAAAAUAUAACCGCCACAUUCCAGUAUUUAUACCUCUGUCCAUCUGAAGACAAGAGUAAGAUAGUUCGUGUUCUGAACCUUUGGCAGAAAAAUGGAGUGUUUAAAAUAGAGAUCAUUCAGCCUCUUCUGGAUAUGGCAGCAGGAACUAGUAGUACAGCCCCAAUGGCAGAAAAUACCUCUAAUAACGAAGGUUCACCACCCCCUCCAGCAAAGGUUCCCUCUGAGCCACCUCAGGUUACUGCUAAUUCAGUACCUACUGUGCCACAGUUGCCCAGUUCUGAUGCCUUUGCUGCUGUAGCCCAGUUGUUUCAGACAACUCAAGGACAGCAGCUUCAGCAGAUUCUUCAGACUUUUCAGCAACCUCCAAAACCCCAGUCUCCAGUCAUAGACAAUACUGUCAUGGCACAUGUUCAAGCUAUUACUGCUCAGUUGAAAACUACAGCAACACAACCACCAGAGCAAAAAGCUGCUUUUCCCCCACCUGAGCAAAAAACAUCUUUUGAUAAGCUGCUAGAUCGGUUUGACUAUGAUGAUGAACCGGAAGCAGUGGAUGAUUCAAAAAAAGAAGAUACAACACCUUCUCCUUCCAUUUCUCAACCAGCCUUUGGAUUUCCAGGAGAAGGUAUGCCACCACCAGUAUAUCCACAACUCCCAAAUAUAGAUCCGUUUCAGCAGCGAAUGAUAGGAAUGCAACAGGAUCCAAUACGCCACCAGGUUCCACUUCCUCCCAAUGGACAAAUGCCAAGUUUUGGACUUCUACCUACGCCACAGUUUCCUCCUAUGGCUCAGCCUGUAAUACCCCCAACACCACCUGUGCAGCAAACUUUUCAGACUCCUUUUCCAGUACAAAGUGAGCCACCACACAUGCAGAAAACACAUCAGCAGGAAAUGGAAGUGGAACAGCCCCCUGUUCAAGAAGGAAAGCGACAUGUUUCUGAUAACAGAAAGUCAAGAUCUAGAUCUGCUUCAAGAUCGCCCAAGAGAAGACGAUCAAGAUCUGGAUCUCGGUCUCGACGGUCACGUCAUCGUCGUUCUCGCUCCCGAUCUCGGGAUAGGCGCCGGCACUCGCCAAAGUCUCGAUCUCAGGAGAGACGUGAACGAGAGAGGGAGAGAGAACGCAGAUCAAAAGGCCUUCCUCAAAUCAAGCCAGAAACUGUUAGUGUUUGUAGUACUACACUUUGGGUAGGACAACUGGACAAAAGAACAACUCAGCAAGAUGUUGGAAGUCUUUUGGAGGAGUUUGGCCCAAUUGAAUCUAUAAAUAUGAUACCACCUAGAGGAUGUGCCUAUAUUGUAAUGGUUCACAGACAAGAUGCUUAUCGUGCCCUACAAAAAUUGAGCCGAGGCAACUUCAAAGUCAAUCAGAAAUCUAUAAAGAUCGCAUGGGCUUUAAAUAAAGGAAUUAAACCAGAUUAUAAACAGUAUUGGGAUGUAGAAUUAGGUGUUACCUAUAUUCCCUGGGACAAAGUUAAGCCUGAAGAUCUUGAAAGUUUCUGUGAAGGAGGAGUGUUGGAUAAUGAAACGCUUAGUCCAGAGUGGAAAGGAAUUCCUAAGAAAUCUGAGAAUGAAGUUGCUCAAAAUGGAGGUGCAGAAACCACACAUACUGAGCCAGUGUCACCAAUACCUAAAGCUUUACCUGUUCCAAUUCCUGUUCCCAUGCCUGCACCAAUAACUGUGCCUCCUCCACAGGUUCCACCACACCCAUCCGGCCCUCCUGUAGUUGGUGCUCUCCAGCCACCUGCUUUCACUGCUCCAAUGGGAAUCCCACCUCCUGGAUUUGCCCCUGGGGUUCCUCCCCCACCACCACCUCCAUUUUUACGACCUGGAUUCAACCCAAUGCAUUUGCCACCAGGUUUUCUUCCUCCUGGGCCACCACCACCUAUAACCCCUCCAGUAUCUGUUCCCGUAUCUGUUCCUCACACUCCACCAGUAAACAUCCCAAACUCUACUGCGACUGGUGUAAGUGAAGACACUACAAAGGAUGCAUCUGUUGGAAAUCCUAUUCCAACAGUAGUUUCUGGAUCUAGAGGAAAUUCUGAAACUAGUGAUAGUUCCAAAAUGUAUGCAACUGUUCCUCCACCAGUAGCACCGACUAACGUACCUGCUCCUGCCAGCCAACCUAUGCCUGCUCCUGUCAGCCAACCUAUGCCACUUCUGGGUACUCAAGGAGUUGCACCACCACCUGCUCCCGUGGUUGGAUUACAGACCCCCUCUACUGGACUCCUUGGGGCACGGCCUGGUUUAAUACCACUCCAGCGACCUCCUGGAAUACCACCACCACCUCUGCAACGCUUUCCCUUGAUGCCACCACGGCAUAUGCCUCCCCAUAUGUUACAUAGAGGUCCACCCCCUGGGCCAGGGGGCUUUGGCAUGCCUCCGCCUCAUGGAAUGAAAAACCCAUUUCCACCACCCGGCCCCUUUGUUAGGCCAGGUGGAGGGAUGUCAGGAAGUGGAGGAUCAGGUGGACCUGAGGAUAAUAGAGAUGGAAGGCAGUUUAGGAAUGAUAGGCAGACAUUCGGUUCUAACAGAGACCAGGAAAGGUAUGGAAGGAGAUCUUUUGGAAAUCGGGUAGAAAAUGAUCGCGAGCGCUAUGGUAACCGCAACGAUGACAGGGAUCAUGAGCGACUUGGUAAUCGUGAAAGGAGAGAAUGGGGAAGAAGAAGCCCUGAACGCGACAGACACAGAGACUUAGAGGACAGAAAUCGACGGUCCAGUGGACACCGAGACAGAGAGAGAGAUUCUAGAGAUAGGGAAUCUCGCAGAGACAAGGAAGAAAAUCGAGGAAAGGAGAAACCUGAGCUGACAGACAGGGCAGAUGGUGACAACAACCAUGAAUCUCACAGUGGCAAAGUGGAAAAUGCAGACAUUGUUUCAGAACUUAAUACAGGAGCGUCUGAACCCACAGGUGUAAAACCUAAUGAAGCGUUAACAUCUGAGGCUACCUCAUCUGUUGAACAAGCAGCAAAGGAUAUUGGCUCAGUUGUAGAGGCUCCUCGUUAGAGACUGGAAUUUGUCAAAACAUGACAGUGACAUUUAUUGGAGUGUAGAGCUUUAGAGUUGUACAUUAUGCUGUAUUAUAUUUGCUUCUGCUAUAUCACAGCCCCUCAGUAGUUGGUGGGGAAUUGUAAGCAAUUUGAUUGCUUCCCUUCUAUUUAAAAUAGCCACAACAUAACACAAGAUACUGAAGAUAUGAAUAAAAUAUUACCCAUUUUUGCUGUAACUUUUUUAAAGUUUUGACUUUAAAAAGUUUACAAAUCAGAAGUAGAAGUGCUUUCUAUUAUUUUUUUUUUAAUUUAAGAAAAGGUAACGGUGAAAGCUCCUCAAAACAAUAGGGAUGUUUUUAAUAAACUCUAUUUUCGUAACAAACUUUAACGUGUGCUAUUCUUCCUACACUGCACUGAAGUGGAAAAGGAUUGUUCAACAUCUUAAAGUUUGAACUGUUAAUGCUGUACUGGAGUCUAAAUUAGACUGUUUUGUUUAUAUUUGUUAAAAGAAAUACAUCUGUUUGUGUAGCUAUUCACAGAAGCAAAUUUUUAUUUGUAACAUGUUAUUUUGAUUUUAGAUUGCUGCAUUUUAAUGAUCUACUUGACCAUACCUAGGUAAAGUUAGUGGUUUUAAAACGUUGUUUGAAGAGGUAAUUGUUUAGUGUUUGCAUUGCAAUCAAGGUUUUACUUUUUCCUCCAAUUGGUUCUGUGGUAAAUGUUGCCCUAAUUAACCUUUAAAAAAUGGAUGAAAGUGGACACCCUCAGACAUAUUUUGUCUGCUCUGCUUGUAAUGUUAUAAGAUUAUUGUGUGUGGUGGGCUGGGGAAGCACACCAGUUCAGCAUCUUUUGUACUUGUAAUUCAUUGAUGCUUUUUGGAAAGUGGGUUGGAAAAAAAAAAUCAAAGACACCAAAUCACCAAUUUUAAAAUGCUAACCUAUUUUUUUUAAGUGGGGAUGAGAAGAGGGGAAUAUUAAAGGGUUUUAAAAUGCUGCCUGUUCCUUCACAAAAAUCUAGCGUUACUCCUGUCUGUUAUAUUGUCUACCUCCUGUGCUUCAACAAGAGGUAGGUUAAAACUUCUUAUCCACAUAAUGGUGUAUUUGUCAGACUAUUGGGGAAAAAAACUGCAUUUUCUUGUAUUCAUGUAAGUUUAACCAUACUCUCCAUCUGACUUAACUAUUUUGUCAAAUAAACUAUACAAGAGCAAGUAUUAGUUCAGUUAGCCCUUCAGGUGCAAACAAUUUGGAGACCACCACAGGAAAUUGAACCUAACUGUAAAACCCAGACAAAUUCUGUAUAUGGAAGUGCUCUUCAUGAUUAACCUGCAUAAGAAAAUAAGGCUUAUGUUGGACAACAGUUUCAGUUUAUGCUUAUUAUAUUCUAAAAUACAGUGGGAAAAAUUCUAUGAAUCUUGUGCAUAUUUAAACAUUUUUUUCCUUGAGAUAGCUAUGCUUUACAAGUUUUCUUUCUUUUCCUUACUACAUGAAGGGCCGCUGCUUUCUUACAUCAGUACUUUUUUCAUAGCUGUUCUGCAGCAGGGGUAUUUUUGGGGGAAGAGGGGGGAAUAAUAAUAGGGGAGUUAUGGCUGAGGGGAAAGGACAUAUAUUUUUAUGUUCUCACAAUAGCAGAAUAAAGAGAGAAAAAAAAAAAACCUGUUUACAUACUUGUAGUGAACUCAACUUCCGUGUUUAAAAAAACUUGUCCUUGAUGUUUGUUUCAUGCUGGGCCAGCAGAACUAACUUUUUAAUAAACAGAUGUAUUUAUGUCUAGGCUUAAAACUGUCUUAACAAGAACAGCCAUAAUUCUGUGAGGAAGUAGAUUUUUUUUGAAUGAAUACAUUUUAUUAAAAAAUUUGAAGACAAGAAUGAAGGAGAUGGAGGGCGUAUGUAUUUCAGUUUGCAUAAAUUCCACCUUACAUUCUCACCAGCUCUGCUUGUGUAGGAUACUGCAACUAUCCAAAAAAUCUCUAGCAUUUUUUCUUUAAUUCUGCUUUCAUCCCUAUUUCUAUUGCUGCUUUGCUAAAGCUCUAAGCACUAAGAUGUAUUGUCUUUUAAAUAUCACAUGCAAUUGCCAUUUGCUUUUCUAUAUACCAGCAACAUUAUGUAGAAUAGUGUCUCCUGAAAGUAGACAACUUUUGCUUUUGGCUUUCUCCUUAAAAUCCAUAAUUAGUACACCCUGAACACAAAUUUCUCUCAAGUGAGCAAAGCCAUUGUUAUAGGGCUUUCAAGUUUCCCUUAAACUGGAGGCAAUUGGUGCUGAUCACUAUUGUUUCGGAAUGAAGCAUUUCUAUAGAACACAAAGAACUGACAGUUUCAUAGUGUUCUCCCUGCAGUGCUCUGAGAUUGAGAUUUCAGUUGAAUCAAAAGUUUUUGGAUUUAUCAGACAUUUAAUGUAAUAGCAAAGUUGUCUAAUUUCAAAGCAGGCACCUAUGCACUUGCCUAAAAGCGCAAAUUUAAUUAGACUAAUUGGGGCAGUGGAAUGGAACUGGUGGAUGCUGGUAGUCAAGUAAUCUUUAGCUACAGUUGUUCUGUACUUAAGGCUAUGGCUUGUGCUUCUGGUUCAGGGAAGAGAACUAGUGAUUUUUAGAACAGGCAACUAUCCUUCAAAUUUUUAAAAGCAAAUACAUCUUACUCUAUAAAAUGUUUUUUUGAGAGGAGUGGUAGGAGAUAAGAUGGUGGUAUUUCCAUGCACAUUUUACUGAUGUUUAACAUCCCUUCUGAUGUUCAGAAUCCAAUCACUCCAAAAGACAGGUUACUCCACUGAAUGGCACAGGUGCCUAGAAAUUGGAUAGGUGUUCUUGGCCACAUAUGACAAUGAAUGUGAGCAUAAUAUAUCUUUCACUUUCUUGCUAUAGCAAGAUCAUUUCACUACAUUGAAAUUUAAGUGUGUAAAGGGCUAUCAACUGUGUGUAAAGGAAUGCUAAGAUUCAAAUCUACUAAAGCUAAUUUUCUUCUCCCAAGGAGACAACCUCAUCAGACAGUUCUGUUCCUGUAUAGCAGGAAGUAUUAGCCCUUUAAAGCUGCAAAUUCCUAUUAGUCUGAUAAGCUGCAUAGUGGAUACUUCAUUAAAUUUAGCUGGCAAGGGCUUUCUGCUUACUAUGUAUUCCUCACAGUAGUAUAAUCAGUGCAUACAUUGAGACUUACUGAAUUAGCUGGCUUCAUCUGAAGUGACAGCUGUUUGCUAAAUGGGAAAGAUGCUCCAAUUUCUCCCUGUAUCCAGAUAUGAAGAACUACUACAUACAAGAAUGAAAAUAUCCAAAUUCAUAUGUCCAAAGAGAGCUGCUGUUAUGUUCAAGUGAUUAUGCAUUUAAGCCAUGAAACGAUUAGACACUACAAAACUACUCCCACUAUCUGCAUGCUUGGUUUGUCCAACUGACCAGAAUAUGCCAGCUGUUACCCUUUCAAAAUAAGGGUCAAGCUCUAGUGUUAGGCUCUGAGAAGGUAAUUGUUUAUUUAACUCCACUGCUUUUGUUCCGAUGACAGGAAUAAAGCCAACUAAAGCAGCAACAGAAGAUGAGGGAUAGAGAAUCUUCAUUUACCCCUUUACUUCAGGAGCCUCAAGGUUCUCUCUCAA